AUGUCGGUCUCAUCAUUUCUUCGACGAUUUUCCAUUGAUAUCGACAAUUGCUCAUCGUCUUCGUCAUCGUCGCUGACGCAGGCUCCAGCAAAACGAAGAGGUCGAAUAGCGGCUUCGAUCGAUUCGGCGCGACGAAGAUUCUCAUUGCAACAUGGUCCGGCUCAUCCGAGCCAUUUGAAUAGUGUCGACCAGGAUCCAGUCCAUCUUCAAUCCAUUGCCUUGCGGGGAAAAGGAAGGAAACAGAAUGGAAGUCUACCGGAUUUAAUGCAGAAACGUGAUUCGAAUGCACAUCCGGCGCCGGCGAAGCGCGUGUCGGUCGUCGCGACCGAUCGAGAUCGUGCCUACUUCCUUCGUCACAAAAAUGGAAGAAAGCAGCAUUCUUGCGACAAGGUGGGUCGCGUUUUUUAUUCAUUAUUCGUUGUGAGCCUAUUCGAACAUCCGCCGCAUUCAUUCGUGGUGCUCGAAUGA